AUUUUUUUUGAAGCUAGGCUAUUUAGGGCGUACUGAGUGACUAUGAUAAAAUCGUUCGUCCUACGCCCGGUACGUCUCAGAAGACGGCAAAUCAUUCUACUAGCCACAGUAGGGGUGAUUCUUGCGAUAGUUGGAGUUUUAUUUCAUGGACCCGGUAUACGAUGGAUAGUUUCAACUGCACUUUUUUGGAAAGAACUUUAUAAACAUCAAGGUUUUUUCGGUACAAAUAUUCGUCCAGAAAAGGAUAUACCAUUUUACAAUGAUCGGUUAUGUGAUAACUCUUUAUUAAAGGACCCAACUGUGGUACAAUACAUCGAAUCCACGGGCGUUACAGACAAAAGAAUCGCCGAGUCUGCACAUUCGUUAGUAUAUGACGCGAUUUUCAAAUCACAUAGUCCAGCAGACAUCGUUGAAUUAACAUUUGAAGAAAGAUGUGACUUAUACUUCACCAAAUUAUACGAAUUAAAUCCGGAAUGGCAUUUAGAUCCAAAGGAACCAUUUCCUUUACUGGAAAAGGGUAAUUUUCGAUGGGAGGAUUAUAAAGAAAAGAAAUGGAAUUCAACUAAGAAAAUGCUUGCCAAAAAGGCAAGAACAAAGGUAUCUCAAUAUUUCAAUGAUGAAGCUAUUGAAGCAACAUUAAGAGUUGGAUAUGAAAAGUUUUGGAAUAGAACAAUUCAUCAAGAACAAAGACUUGUAAAUUCUAUUUCUCAUGUUAGAAUUUAUAACAAAUGUUAUAUCACUAGUAGUGAUGAAAUUGUUUCACAAAGAAAUACGAAGUUUAUUGAAGAACAACAAAAUAUACUAGGAAAAAAGUCUUCCACAUUAAUUAUCCCAAACCAAAAAGCAGAGUCAUGCUCUGAUCUUGAAUCAAGAGUUUAUCAAUGGUUAUCAGGUCAACUCCCAAUUUAUGAAAGAUGGACUGGAGAGAUUUUACAUCACCCACCUAAUAUGAUUGACUUUUUAGAUUCUAUUCCAGAGCCUACUAAUUCUAAAGGUUCCAAGGGAAGAGGUACUGUUAAAGUUCAUUCAAAAGUUACCAAUAACAAUAUUGGAUGUUUUGUAUCUGAUUUUAAAGAUUCGAUGAAUGGUAAAGGUAUUGUUCUUUCCAUUGGAGAACAACAUGUUGACGAUUCUGUUAGAUUGAUUGCUGUUCUUCGUGCACUUGGGAAUACCUUGCCCAUUCAAUUUAUUUAUAAGGAUACCCUAUCAAAAACUUCCAAAUCCAAAUUAAUCAAAGCAGCAAGAAAGGAAGUAACCAAGGUUCCAGAAUCAUUCAAAAAGGUUCAUAAUCAUUUCCCUGAUGAUUAUUUAGGUGAAGAUGGCCUUUUACCCCAAGAAAUUUGGUUUGUGGAUGUACUGAAUUCGGUGCAACCGUCAUAUCAUCCAAAAUUCGAUGGUUAUAGUAAUAAAUUUCUUGCAACAUUUUUCAAUUCAUUUGAAGAAAUUAUGUUGAUUGAUGCAGAUACCAUUUUAUUAGAAAGUCCCGAAUAUUUCUUUAAUUUGGCUAAGUAUGGCGAAUAUGGUGCGUAUUUUUAUAAAGAUAGAACUACAAGAAUAUUGAAACCAUUGAGUGAUUCAGCAUUUUUCCAAAAAAUGUCACCAUCUAUUAUUGAUAAUUUUGUGUUUGAUUUUAAACUUCCAAACGAUGAACAGUUGGAAAAUGAAUACAUGACCAAAAGUUUAUUUCAUUAUAUGGAGAGUGGGUUGGUACUCAUUGAUAGAAAUCUUCAUUUCAAUGCAAUUUUAACCAUGAUUCAUUUAAAUUUUUACCUGUUUGCCAAGGCCAGAGUCUGGGGAGAUAAAGAAAUCUUUUGGUUAUCAUUUAUGAUUUCAGGGGAAGAAUUUCAUUUCAAUAAGCAUUUUGCAGCUGCAAUUGGAGAAGUUCAAAAGGGGAAUAAAUUUGAGGCCAAUGAGAUUUGUUCAGCUCAUCCUGGUCACUUAAGAGAAGAUGGUACAACUUUGGAAUGGUUUAACUCUGGGUUUCAAUACUGUGGACAAUCCGACAAAAUGAACUUUAAGAAACAUUUCCCCAAACAAUGGAGAUACCCAGAAUUAGAAUCUCCAAAGAUGUAUGAAGCAUUCUAUCGAAGUCGUUUGACAAUAGCGCAAGCAAUCGUACCACCUUAUAAUGAGCUUCCACUGAACAACAUAGAUGGUGAGCCAAAACAUGGCUGGUUCAUGGAUAAAGAGUAUUGUAAGGGGUACUUAUGGUGUGCUUAUGAUAGAAUUGGAGGUGAAACAGUUGAAGGAGACUCAAAUAUAAUGCGGGGUACUCUCGUGAAUUUUAGUGAAACUGAUCAGGAUAUUUGGGCUUAUCUUGGUGAUACUUGGUUUGGGGAAGAUUGAUACUACAGGUAAUAAUAAUAAUUUAAAUUAAUAGAGAUCAUAUACUGUGAAAUUAAAUAUUUAUACAGA